AUUAUUAAGAAAUCUUAGUGGAAACACUCGCAACUUGGAGAAUAUUGGUUUUGCAGUCUUGCACUUGCAGCGCGAUGACGAAUUCUUCAAUAAAGGGGAAGAAACAAAUAUCUAGUCCGCGAGCAGCUACCGUCGAAGGAGAGCCAUCUGAUUUUUGGUUCCGGGCCUAUGAGGCUCGAACCGAUGAAGACUAUUCUGCGGCAGCAUGGCUGAGAGCAGCAUGCCUCUGUGAGAGCCAUGAAAUUGAGAGAAAUACCGAGGACUUAAAAAGGCAGUUUGCUGAAAAGGAAUUCUUUGGAUUGAGAAAGAGAUGCGACGUCGAACUGGGGAAUAACUGCAAAUGCAUUCUAAUGGUGAAGGAGGAAAAAAACAAUUUAUUAUCGAAACGCGUAGUUGGAACGCUGGGCUUGCACAUUCGAUACUUCGCAGAUGGGCAAACAUUUCCAGAUGUAGAGACGACACUUAAUCUAAAAAAAGGGAUUAUGCCUAAGCCUUCGAGGCAUGUGGAGAGAAGAGCCUCUGACAGGUACGGCUAUAUUUUAAACCUUUGCGUGGUUAAAUCCGAGCGGAGACGGGGGCACGCCACCGGGAUGCUACAACAUGCGAUUUCCAUUGCAAAGGAGGGAGGUAUUAAGAAGGUGUUUCUACAUGUGUAUGAAGAUAAUGAAGCUGCAGUGAAAUUGUAUGAGAAGGUGGGGUUCAAGGCUGUUGAAGCAGCAAAUUACUCUUCUGCUCCAAUCUUGUUGCUGUUUUUUCUGGUUUAUUAGCUUUCGUUUAUUGGGAAACUUGUUGCUAAGUCUCACCACAUACUUCUCUUAGUCAUGUAGAAUGUUGCUAAG